AGUUGGAGGGUAUAAGGGAGUCAGUGCCGGGCUGUAACUCCUUAUUCUUUUUCUCAGCUCUUGUAGGUACUCUGUUCGUGGUUUGUGAAGCAACAGAGUAAGGUUCAAGGACUGACUCAGGUAACAGAGUCAGGUAGAGGACUUGUUAAAACCACCCGAUUGGAGAAAAGGACAGCACCGUGGAGCCCAGAGUUAAUACAAGGAAGAGCUGCUGGCCCGCCAGUCCCCCAACUCCAGCCUUCAGCUGCCCUAUCUAGGCCUCCAGGGGAGGGGGUACAAUCUGAACCCCUCAGAAUGAGGGCGACCCUGGGCCGCCAAAGCUCCUUGCUCCUCCUCCUCCUCCUUUCUGCAGCCGGAGGCAUCUCCAAGAGAGAAGAGUGUGACUGCAAUGGAAAAUCCAAUCAAUGCAUCUUUGACCCGAAACAGUUUGGGAAGCCAGAAAAUAGACUCCGUUGCCUUAACUGCAAAGACAAUACAGCUGGGGUACACUGUGAGAAAUGCAAAGAGGGGUUUUACCGUCAGUGGGACCAAGACCCGUGUCUGCCCUGCAACUGCAACUCCAAAGGCACUCUCAACCCUCAGUGUGACCGCUACGGACAAUGCAGCUGUAAACCAGGGGUGAUGGGUGAAAAAUGCGACAGAUGCCAGCCUGGCUUCCACUCCCUCACAGAGACUGGGUGCAAGGCCAACAGGCUCCAGCAGAUCUCUGGAUGUGACUGUGACCCUGCUGGCGGCAUGGGGCAGUGUGACGCCAAUCGCUGUGUCUGCAAGGUUGCGGUUGUUGGGGAGCGAUGUGACAGGUGUCGGUCUGGCUACUACCACCUGGAUGCAGGAAACCCCAAGGGCUGUAUCCAGUGUUUCUGCUAUGGCCACUCAGCCAGCUGCAGAAGUUCCAGGAAUUACAGUGUCUAUAACAUCACCUCUGUCUUUCAUAAAGAUGUGGAAGGUUGGAGGGCCGUUCUCAGAAAUGGGUCCCCCAGGCAGCUCCAGUGGUCUCCACGGCACCAAGAUGUGUUCAUCACUGUCAGAAAAUCUGAUCCCGUUUACUUUGUGGCACCUGGCAAGUUUCUUGGGAACCAACAAGUGAGCUAUGGGCAGACCCUGUCCUUCGAUUACCGGGUGGACCGAGGAGGACGGCGCCCAUCCAAUCAUGAUGUGAUCCUGGAGGGGGCUGGUUUACGCAUCACCGCACCCUUAAUGUCCCCGGGGAAAACACUCCCCUGUGGCAUCACCAAGACAUACACGUUCAGAUUGGACGAGGACCCAAACAGUGGAUGGAGUCCCCAGCUGAGUUCUUUUGAGUUUCGCAGACUUUUGCGGAACCUGACAUCGCUCCAGAUCCGGGCCUCAUAUGGAGAUUACAGCACCGGAUACAUUGAUAACGUCAUCCUCAUCUCUGCUCGGCCAGUCUCAGGAGAACCAGCUCCCUGGGUUGAAGAGUGUAUGUGCCCCAACGAGUACCAAGGUCAUUUCUGCGAGGAGUGUGCUCCUGGAUUCAAGAGAGAUUCUGCCCAGCUUGGACCCUUCAGUACCUGUGUACCCUGCGACUGCCAGGGCGGGGGGACCUGUGAUCCUGAAACUGGGGAAUGUUAUGCUGGGGAUGAAAACCCAGAUAUCGACUGCUCUGACUGCCCCAUUGGUUUCUACAAUGACCCCCAGGACCCCCGCAACUGUAAGCCAUGCCCCUGUCAAAAUGGCUUCAGCUGCUCAGUGAUACCGGAGACGGAGGAGGUCAUCUGCAACAACUGCCCUCAAGGGAUCACCGGUACUCGCUGCGAACUCUGUGCUGACGGCUACUUUGGAGACCCCUUUGGGGAACAAGGACUGGUAAGGCCUUGUCAGCCUUGCCAGUGCAACAAUAACAUUGACCCUAGUGCUUCUGGGAACUGCAACCACUUGACUGGAGAGUGUUUGAAGUGCCUCUACAACACCACUGGCUUCUCCUGUGACCAGUGCAGAGAUGGCUACUUCGGGAACCCCCUGGCCCCCAACCCAACAAACAAGUGUCAAGUUUGCAACUGUGACUCUGUGGGUUCAGACCCCCUAGACUGUCAGGAUGACGGGACCUGCAUCUGCAAGCCAGGGUUCGAGGGCCCCACUUGCAAGAUCUCAUCUUUGGACUGCCCAGCCUGCUACAACCAAGUGAAAACUGAGAUGGACCAGUUGUGGCUUCAGAUACGAGAUUUGGAGGUGCACCUCGGGGGUGCCCCCGGGCCCAACACAGAGGUAGAAAGAAGGAUGCAUCAAGUGGAAGAGACCCUUCAGAAUAUCCUGAGAGAAGCUCAAAUCUCCGAAGUCACUGACAGGAACAUGAUGCGUAACCUGUCUCAAGUGAGAGCCCCGGAAAUCAACUUCCAAAGCCGCUUGGAGGCGAUCAAGAGGAUGGUGCAGGAGAUACAGACUCUUGACAACCAAAGUCAAGACACCAGAAGGUGGAUCACAGAGCUCAAUGGGAUCUUGGAAGAAAGCAAAACCUUCCUGAGAAUCAUGGCUUUCCCGCCUUCCCUUUCCUCCAGUGGACUGCGUGUCUUGAUAGAUCUGGCCCAGAAGGCCGAGGAGCUGGCAGACAGCCAAGUGGAAUCGUCCAACAGAAUGGAGCAACUGACCAGGGAAAUAGAGCAUUAUUCCAAACAAGCCCUGGAGUUGGUGCGGGGCACCGGGAGUGGAGGGGAAGGCGGAGGCGGCAGCGUGGGCAACUCCGUCGUGCCAGAGCUUCGGAGAAAAUUGGAAGGUGCCAAGUCUCGGGUCAAACAGCUGGAGACGAAGGCCUCUCAAGGGGACUUGGAAGCAGACAGGUCUUAUCAUCACAGCCAUCGCGUGCUCAACUCAGCAUCUCAAUUACAGGGGCUCGACGGGUGGUCAGUUCAGGAGGAAGUCAACCGGAUCAGACAGGACGCAGACACUCUAUCCAAUCAGGUGACCAAACAUAUGACUGAGUACAAGCAAGUGAAAAGCAACCUGGGAAGCUGGGAGCAGGAAACCCUUCAGUUGUUCCAGCAAGGAAAGAGUGAAAGACAGAAAUCGGAUCAGCUGCUAUCCAGGGCUAACCUUGCCAGAAGCCGUGCCCAGGAGGCAAUGAGCAUGGGCAAUGCCACUUUUUACGAAGUUGAGAGCAUUUUGAAGAAUCUCCGGGAGUUUGACCUGCAGGUGGGUGACAAGAAGAAAGAAGCUGAGGACGCCAUGAGGCGACUCCCUAUCAUAAGCCAGAAAGUCACAGCUGCCAACCGUCAGACAGAGCAAGCAGAAGGAGCCCUGGGCGGUGCUGCUUCUGACGCCAGCCUGGCCAAGAAGAUGGCGGAUGAGACACUGGCGAUCACCAGUAACGUCGAGCAGGAGAUAGGGAGGCUGACCUUGGAAGCCAAUAAGACAGCAGAUGGAACUUUGGCUCUGGAAAACGAGCUAGAUGGUCUGCAGAAUGACAUGGCAGUAACCGAAGGGGAGCUGAAAAAGAAAGAACAGGAGUUCGAUGGGGGAGAUGCCGCCAUUCGGGGGGUGAAUGAAGAAGUGGAAAGAGCUGACACCAGGGCCAAAAGUGCCCAACUCACCAUACAAGAGACCAUCCAUGCCCUUCAAAGCAUCAGGAGCAUCAUGGACCAGCCUGACACUGUGGAUGAGAAGGAAUUGGGGUUGCUGGAGCAGAAACUUAGCCAAGCCAAAUUCAAGGUCAACAUGACACUGAAGCCCUUAAUGUUGGAUUUGGAGGAAAGGGCUCGUGGGCAGAAAAAACAUCUCCAGCUGCUGGAAACGAACAUAGAAGGGAUCCUAGCCGACAUAAAGAACCUGGAGGACAUCCGUAACAGCCUGCCCCCGGGCUGCUACAACACCCAGGCUCUUGAGCAGCCUUGACACCGACAGACCCACAGAGUCCCGUCCCUGUUUCUCAGGUCACAGACUUCAGGGCGGAGUGGGAUGGGUGGGGUGGGGGUUGGGGUGGCCAGUCACGCUUGCCUGACCCCGCCCCACUCCGGUCCAUCGAGCCCCGACCCCAGCUCCGGCGGAUCGGCAGAGCUCCCGGUUCGGCGGAUGCCGGGUUGCAAGGUGAUCCUGUUUGCUUCCCAAGGUGGGGCUGUGAAGCAGAUGGCAUUGCAUUGUCAUUGGGGUCUGGGAGCCCAAACUCCAGAAGUGGGAAGGAGGAGAGGGCUGUCUGGGUGGGGGAAGUGGAUGGAGAGCAGACUCUUAGUCAAUCUACACAGGGAGUCAAGUCCGGAGACCGGGGUUGGGAUCAGACUGCCUCUGUGCUUCCAGGGCAAGCCCAUCCCACCUUGCCUUUUCCUCCUUAGCUGGGGGGCUGGGGAAGGCGAGGGGGAGACAGAGAGGAGAACAGAGCAGGGGGCCCUGCAUUGUUUACAUUUCGGAAUGACUGAGGCACCAAUGUCCAGAGCCCUUACUCCCUCGGCUUGGUGCAGGAGUAUCAGUGAAUUUGACCUUCCUCUCUGUUAAGUCUGACUUUCAUUAGGGCAUCUGCUGUCAUUUGACUCAAGUAUUACUGGCCUUCCAGAGAGAGAAAAGAGGGGACGGGCUCACCUCUCAGUAGUAAGGCAGUCAGAAGACAGCAUCUAGGUUUAAGUAGUUGAGAAGGGGGAAAACCUUCAGGAAGAAAAAUCGGCUGAUUUGACCCUCGACCUCAUUGAAAACUGCUUAAACAACCCUCCUCAGCCUGGACUGGAGAGUGGACCCUGUCUGUUCAACACAGGGCCUUGGAGUUUACUGGACCCAUCUCCACUGCAGGCUCGGGAGGCAAUCGGCGCUGACCAUCUCCUUGUUAUGGCUUUUCCCCUCAACUUUGGGAUGGGCGUGUUCAAUAAAAAACUGUGAUUCAGCU